AUGGGUAGAAGUAGAGGAAAAGGUAAAAAGUUAACUAUUAGCAAUGAGGAGGAUGCCAUAAGUGAAGAAGAAGAAAAGGUUCCUAAGCAAAAAAGAAGAGGGAGGCCACAUAAACUGUAUAAGGAAGACUUUGAUGAAGAAGAAAUUGAGGAAAUAUUAGAAGAGGAUGCUACUAGUGGUGACAACGUUAUGAAUGUAGUGUCUAGCAAAGAGAUGAAUGGAUGCGUUUACCUGAACAAUCUCAGCAUUCAGCAGCAGAAUUCAGCAGUCAAGAUUCAGCAGAUUGCGGAAAAGUGGAAAUUGCAGAUUCAGCAGCAACCACUGCCUCUAGUGUAUGAAGAUCAGCUACACCAAGCAUCAAAUCCUGCAAGAAAAUGA